AUGGGUAACAGCCAGGGCAAACCCGUCGAGUUCGACGGAGAAGUAAACCUCAAUCAUUUUCGAUUGCUGCGAGUCGUCGGCCGAGGAGCUUUUGGCAAAGUACGCAUCGUUGAACGAAAAGACACCAAUCUUUCGUUUGCCUUGAAGUAUAUACGCAAAGAUGAAGUUGUCCGGUCCGAGAGCGUCCGGAAUAUCAUACGAGAGCGCCGCAUGCUUGAGCAUGUCAACCACCCUUUUAUCUGCAACUUGCGGUACAGCUUUCAGGAUAUAGAGUAUAUGUACCUCGUUGUUGAUCUCAUGAGUGGCGGUGACCUACGAUUCCACAUCUCGAGAAAGACUUUUACUGAAGAGGCCGUGAGGUUCUGGAUAGCGGAACUAGGGUGUGCUUUGAGAUACAUACACGGUCAGGGCAUCAUCCACCGUGAUGUCAAACCGGACAAUGUUCUCCUAGACGCAGAUGGUCAUGUCCAUCUUACAGAUUUCAACGUGGCAUCAGACAUCAUUCCCGGCAAGGUUCUCACAAGUAAAUCCGGCACUCUUGCGUACCUUGCUCCCGAGGUCUAUGCCGGACAUGGCUACGACAGACGGGCUGACUGGUGGUCACUCGGAGUACUCUUCUAUGAGUGUAUCUACAACAAGAGACCGUUUGAGGGGAAUUCUGAAAACGCUUUGAGCACCGUCAUACAGGCGGCCAACCCCAAGUAUCCAAUCACACAGCCACCCGUCUCUCUGCUUUGCCUGUACGCCAUCAAGGAUGCAUUGACCGCGGACCCGAAUAAACGAAUGGGUCGUACAUGGGAAACCUUCACGCAGCAUGACUUCUUCCGGGUCAUCAAUUUCGAGGCGCUCGAGAGGAAGGAGAUAGAGCCAGUAUUUGUCCCUUCGUCCGAGAAAACCAACUUCGACGCAACAUAUGAUCUGGAGGAGCUCCUAUUGGAGGAAGCUCCUCUGGAGGCCCGGGCGCGGAGGCAAAAGCCACGGGAGCGGCUCAAGGACGACGCCACAGACAAAGAAAUCAGAGAGGAUGAGCUCUACAGGAUGAUAGAGUCCGACUUCAGGCCCUUCGAUUACACUGUGGCCGCAUACAAAAAGAUCACGGAAGGUGGCGCGGAAUGUGAGCCCGCCGCGGCGGGCGUCAAUGGGUUGACCGAUGCACAACAGCCGCAAGCGCUAACCACAAAUGAUGCACGGCCAUUGUCACAGGCGACAGGCUCAUCCAAUAAUUAUCAGGCUGUAACAGGGCAACCGCUCGCCCCUUCGCGGUCUACAGAAGGCAACCCUACAGCACAACAACAUGCCAAGGGCCUACAUAACAGCAGAGAGCGGAAGGGAGGCCCGGGGCGCCCACCUCCCUUGCCCCCAUACCCGAACUCAUAUACGAACUCGAAACAUGGCAAGGCAGCGGGCCCCAAGGGCAUAUUUGUCGAGAGCCCGACCGGCGGCGUUCAAGUGACGCUCGACGGCGGCGGCAGCUGGUCAGACCUGGCGCGACAAGAUGCCACGCUUCCCGCGGAUGCAGCUGGUGGAGGACAGGAGGGUGGCAAGGUCGAGGCUGCUUCCGGCGGCGUCUUUGGCUUCUUGAGUAGGAAAAAGGGAAGAGGCAACAGCCCAAAGCCGAAGGAAAGGGGAGUCCUUGGGAAAGAGGGUGCCCGAGUCGUAAUCGGUUAA